CUGAGAAACCUGGUUAAGUGAAAGGUCUUCCUGCGCUUGGCAAGGGGGCUUGGAACUAGAUAAUCACAGGAUCACAAAAUCAGUUACAUUGGAAACGACCUCCGAGAUCAAAUCCAACUUUUAACCAAACACCACCUUGUCAACUAGACCAUGGCACCAAGAUUGCCAUCCAAUUAUAUCUUGAACAUCUCCCGGGAUGGUGAUUUUACCACCUCCCUGAGCAGUCCCUUCCAAAGCUUAGCAACCCUUUCCAUGAAGAAAUUCUUCCUGAACCUGAGGCUGUGUCCUGUUGUCCUGACCCUAGAAGAGGAUGCUCACACCACCUGCUACAACCUCCUUUCGGACACUGGUAGAGAGCAAUAAGGUCACUCCUGAGCCUCCUUUUCUCCAGGCUAAACAACCUCAGCUCCCUCAGGUACUCCCCACUGGACUUACAAGGUCACAAGACAUUCUACCACCUGUAAGAGAGGUGGCACACACAGGUGUGUGGAAGGCAUAAUGGAGAAAUAUAUUUCUGUUUAACAGGGGCAGUGUCAAGCUAGAUGGGGAGGAAGCUGUCUUGUGCCAAGCCAAUCCUACCUGAACUCUUUUGUUGCACACUGACUUUUCAAAAAUCAUUUUUUCUGAAUGUAGAAAUCAAACUGAUAUCUAAAGUAGAUUAAAUGGUUCAACACAGGGUAGUUAUAAAAGGUCAAAAGAUGAUCAUUUUGUAGGAAUGCUCUGUCUCAAUGCUCCAUUUACCAUCCUAUACACAGGUUAAAUUUAGGCUUUCCAUUUGUGUUGGUGCCUGAGAUGAAAGAACCUAUGGAUUGCAAAUAUUCAUUUAAUUCCUCUAUGGUGUUAUAAAAUAUUAUGAAAAGUUUCCAUUAGAGAAGUAUUUUACAGCAUUUUAAAGAUCUUAGAAAGACGAAAUUGUGCACAUGUUUAGCUUUAGUUUUCCUGUUACGAAUAUAUAUAUAUAGCUAGAUGAUCUUUUAGGAACAAAUCUUUUUUCGUGAAUUGAAGACUAGAUAACCUUUCCAAAAUAAUGAUCUGUUAGGUCUACUUGGAAACACAGCUGUGUUUUGUCGACUCUUUUCCUCAUUUCAUUCUAGCUUAGAAUGGUUGGUCUGUGCCUCACCCACAGCCAGAGAAAUAAACAUAAAUCUGUGCUGCAGUUUCGUAUCACUCAGUUACUCCUUCCAGUCAUUACUUUUAAUGAGUUGUUUGUUCCUGAAUCAAGCAGUGAAGGUAGAUGAUUAGAGUAGAUUGUGUCCUGAAUCGUGCAAUGUCACUACUAUGCUUUGCUUAGUGCAAUAAUCAAGAAACUGGCUGACUGUGGAGGAGCAGUUUAUUGUUAUUAGACAAACACACGAACAAAACCAAACAGAAACCAAAUCCUGGUGGAACAAGUCAAGUGCAACUUUCUGUGAGAAAGUGUAGACAACAUGUUAAGACAGACAAGAGAAUAAGACAUCUGGACCUACCCAAUAUUCUUAAGAAACAGGGAAAAGGCCAUCUUCUAUUUUUAACACUGUGACACUCAGUAUGGUAUCCUCAGACAUUCACUAAGAAGGAAACCUGGACAAAACUAUUUUGCAAGAGGAAAGAAAGAACAUGUGUUUAUUAUAUCUGGAAGAUAUAGUGAAUAUGACAACAUUUAUCUGUUUAGAUCACUAGAAGGAUUAAACUCAUAUAAUGAUUAGAGCUUGGGAAAAAAAUACUUGUGUAUAAUUUAUGGAAAUUGCUGUACCAUUAAGGGAAAAUUUUCUUGAAGUACACACAUUUUUUACUGAUUUCUGGCGCACUUCAAGUCAGUUUUCCAAAGUAAUAAAUAUUCCCAAUAAGUGAAAAGAUUUCAUCUCAUGUUGAGCUUCUUGUAUCCCACUCUGAUUGUUGUUACUCUUUGUUGUCAUAGGUGAUAUGGGAUACAUUUUUUCCUUACGCUGGCAGUACAUCCAGUCCAAGUUGCUUAAGCAACUUUUUAAAGCCUCCCAAAUACCUACAAGCUGAACAUAAAGGAAGCUCUAAACCAUUAUCAUCAAUCUGCUUGGGGUGACUACCAGACUGGGAAUGAAGCCAGCCACCUAGCAGUGGGUGUAACAACAGCACAAAAAUACUGUAGGAAUGAGGCCUAGAGCCAUGAUAUGUCAUCAAGGGAUGACCCCAUGGGCAGGAUGGGGUGACAGGUCAUCAGGAGGAUUGUAGCUGACUCUUACUGCUGCAAUUGGCCAGGUGAAAGAGUGAGUGACACCAAGGCGUCCCUAAUGUUUUGCGUUCCACCCUUGCACAAGAUCCACAGGUUUCUCUCUCUGUAUCUUUCAUUAACAUACAAACUGGCUGCCCCCUCUCCACGUUCAUGCAGUUCAGGCAGUAAUGGUGUUUGGCUGCAGUCUCACAUUCACUUCUCCCAUAUCUAUGAAGUGCUAUUUAAAAUCCUUCAUGGCAGAGGAUGAGAACAUGAGCACCUCGCAGGCAAGUCAAUGGGCUUGCAGCUCUCUCCUCCCUAGAGCAGGGACACCUCUUUGGCAGGAUGUGACCCCCAGCUGUGUCGGCGUGCAUCCGGGGACACUUGCACAUAGCACUGUACACUUUUUUCAUGUCUAGUGAAUCUGUCUCCUGAAAUCUAAUGAGAAGCUGUAACUUGCUGUCCCAACAAACUGAACUACUGGUGAACCUGAAUGUGAAUCAUUGAAUGUGAGUGGACUUAGAGUGACAAGUUGCUUCUAAUCAGAAAUGAAGCACAGCUAAAUCUAUCCCCUCUGUUCUCUGGGGAUCAGCUGGGAACCAAAAUAAUUUAUUUUCUGCCAGUCUUCUCUCCUUUUUAUACAAAAAAUACAGAGCCAGGUCUCAGACUAAAAACCCAGUUUAUCUGACCUCUUCAUCCAGACAGUAUGACUUACAGACUAUUGCCUUUCUAAUCACAUAUUAUAUUCACAGGAGACAGGGGGACAACAAAAUGGCAUUUAAGACUAGCUUUCACCAAAAUACAAUCAAAAACAGGGGCCAGAUAUCCCAAAGUACUGUGAUAGUCAUAACUGCCUCUAUUAUAUGGCAUGGGAAAGCAAAUGGCUGAAUUGUACUUUUUGUCAUCCCUAUUCAUUCUCUUCCCAUUUAUUGUCAGAAUACAGACCUGUACUCAUUUGGCAUUGAUAUCAAUUAUUGCUCAGUUACUCAUAUGAGGGAAAAAGAGUAUUUCAUCCAAGUACCUAACUUUGUCCCAUGUCAGUGUGUUUGUAUUUGCAAGGCAUUUAAGGUGUCUAAGUAAGAUCAAGUCUUCAUGUAAUUAAUUGUUUACGUAUCUAAACAUAUUAAUACACAUUUUUAUACAAACACACACACACACACACACACACACACACAAACAUUCCGAUGAUAUGUAUCCAUAAGAAAUAAGAAGUAAAAGCGAGGAGAAAUAAAACAUUUUUCCUGAAAGAACAUAGGUAGAAAAAGAUUAAUGGAAGCUUGGAAGUAUGAAUCAUAAUAUGGAAUACAAGAUGGCAGUAGUAUUUAGCAGGUCCCUGACCCAUAAUUGAAAAUAUUACUUUAUUUCAGCAUGUUCUUCCACUGCUAGAAUAUUAAGAAAACAAGUGUUUCUCUAACUCUUUAUUUUGAAUUCUCAUUAUGCAUCCUAUAGAAUUUUAGUAGUAGAGACAACAUAUAAUCUAACAUAAAUAGAUAUUAUAUUCUAGUACUCAGCUGAAAUGAAAAUUAAGUAGAAAAACAAAACAAAACAAAAAUACUAUGAAGUCAUAAAGCAGAAAAUGAAAGUGUUGUCAAAAGCAUACACGGGGGGGAAACCCUAAAAACCAACAAAUGAAGAAAGAAAACUUCUCCUACAGAAUAAUUAAAUGUCAAGAUUUUGAAGAAAUGGGAGUCUAUAAAUAACUUAAAAGCACCCAGCAUAGCACUCAGAAUUCAUACACAGGAAAGAAGGAACAUUAGAGCUUGUCCUUAUCAUGAGUGCUUUUGGCUUGAUACAAAUUGGCCUCAUACUGUCAAGCAUCACCAUCAUCUCCAGUCUUCAGUGCAACCACCUCCCUUUGCAGCAAAGAAAAGUGAUCGAGAACAGCCUGCGACUCUUGGAUAAAAUGGGAAAAAAGUUUCCUCAACAAUGUCUCAGAGAGAAAAUGUCCUUCAGAUUUCCUACACAGGUUCUGCAGCCCAGGCAGAAAGAGACUGUUGGAGCUGCCAUUGAAGAGAUCUUCCAACAUAUUUUCUAUAUCUUUAGCAAAAAUCUGACUCUAGCUGCUUGGGAUGGAACAGCUUUGGAUCAGUUCCAAAAUGGGCUUUAUCUGCAGAUUGAGCAAUUGGAGGCAUGUGUAUUUAAAAAGCACACUCAACACCACCGGAGUAAAGAAGCCAGCAGGCUGAAACUGAAAAAGUACUUCCAAAAAAUAGACUGUUUUCUUAAAGAUAAACAACAUGACCUGUGCUCUUGGGAGAUCAGCCGUGCAGAAAUGAGGAGAUGUCUCCAAUUGAUUGAUAAGGUGACAAGGAAGCUUAAAAACUAAGGGUGUCCAUACUCUACUACUCAUGGAUGCAAGAUACAGAAGAGAUGGCAGAUGUGGAUCUCACGGACGAAGCUGAAAUACCAGAAACAAAAACAGCUAGAAACUUCACCAUGAUCCAGAACAACAAAAAGGACCAAAAAACCAGAGUAAAUUAUUAGAGUAAUUUUUCCAUCUGCUGACACCCUGCUAGAAAUGUUACAACAAAAUAUGUAUUCUUUGCUUUAUAACUAACAGCCCUGGAAAUGGACCCACCCUGGGACUGUUUCAAAUCUCAUUUCUGUUGCUUGUUUUUUUUUAAUAUUUCUUCAAACCUAUACAAUAAAAUUACAUUCAGCCUUCUUGCCCUUCUUGUUCUGGUAUCCUUGGGUGGCUUUUGCAAUGCAGAAAACUGUUAUUGAAAUGGUCUUGCUUUCACUGAAAUUUGGAAAUAGCAUGAAAUAUUUUUCAGCUGCUCUCUUGUGAGGGAUUCCAGUUUUUAUUGCCUAACUUGUCUGCAAUGGGAAUAUGUUAAUUUAUGGCCCACUAAUUGUUCAGAAACUUUUGUAUCAUUAAGUUUUCUUUUUAAUUCACAGUUGU